AUUAGUUUCGGUGGUGUGAGAUAUAUUUUUAUAGCAUUUGGUCCAUUUUAGAAUAGAGUGCACUUGAGAGCCAUUAUAGAAUUUGAAUACUUUCCGGUGGGACGAGCAACUGAUUGUUCCAAAUCUGCUCGUCUUUCUAGUGAUUGUUUCUCCUCCAUCUUGAGAAAUAAUGGCGGUGGCGACGAGCCUCGCUUCGCUUCUCGAGAAGCUCAAAGUGGAGGAGCCUUACCUUCGACCAAGGAAUUGGGAAUCCUUACAUUCUCAGAGCGGCCGAUUUCCUCUUCCAAUUCGUGCUUCUCCUCCGUCUUCUUCCUCUGUCUCUGAAUCAAGCUUGGUUAGGUUGGCGUUGAAUGCUCUGCAAGGUGUUGAGUCUUCUCUUAUUAGCAUAGGGAAACUCUCUUCUCUAUUAUGCUCUGAGUCCGCUGAUAGGACCACCCACCACAUACCAAGCUUGUGGCAUCGGUUGUCGAGCACUGACGCAUUGGGACAGAUUCUUAGAGACAUAGGCUGCUUUGGUUCUUUGGUCUUUCUUCUCCAUAGUUUUGUAGGCCAUUUCACGAGCUUGAAGUUGGAAGUUGAGGGACAGGGGAGCUGCUAUACUCUUGUUAAUCAGGCUUUUAAAAUAUGA